UUACAGUCGGACCUAUCGAUAACAGCAGGCUGUCUAAAAGCCGACAGCUGUUCCAGUCGAUUGUCCGCUUUUCAACACUGGCACCACAGCACGUGCAACUGUUUUUAACAAAUUUUCCUCCGAGAAUUUAAUUUAUCCUUUUAACCCGUCCAUGGAGGAAAAAAACGACAAGAAGAGUGCCCGCCGGCAGGCCAAGGAGCUGCUCCAGCAGUUCCUCGAGGAUAACGACUAUGUGGAACUGGAUCCGAAGGCUUCGCUGCGACCUUGCUGCGCCAAAGCCUUCGAUAACUUUAAUGAACAAACCCACGAUGCCUGGCUGAUGCAGUGCCCCAAGGGCAUGGAUCUCCAGCAGCUGGUAGGGAAGCGGAUCAAGCUGCCCGGCCGGCGUUACGUUGGUGAUCUCCAGGUUCGUGCCACCAAUUACGAGACGCCUUUAAACGAAGCCGUCGGCUACGUGAACUCCAGCGGAGAGUACGCGCUGCGCAAGCUGCCUCUCUCCGGCCUAGUGGUGGUCAGCAAGCGCCUGAAUGCCCAUAAGCCUGAAGAGGAGGGACAGGAUCCGCUAGAUCCCGGUUCCGAAUUUCCAGCCGCUCCGUCGCCACCAAAACUCAACCUGCCCGUUCGUCAUCCCUUCUUUGGCCGGGACUAUAAGAAACGCAUCGAAGUGCCGGCGGCGAUUAAAAAACGACUCGACGAGGCCGAUAAAAAGAGCGUGGAGACGUCGGCCGAAUUGCGACGCACGGCUAACUACUACACGUUGAAGAGCGAAAUUAUGAUUACCGCACAGACCCUGGAGGAGAAGGAGCUUGAAGUGCGGCAAUCGGUGGUCACUGGAGUCACGCCCAAGUUCAUGAGAACAACAGCCGCCCCGCGUGUGCUUCACCCCGUUGCCCCUAUCGUGGAGAUCAAGCGCGAGCCCGAAGAGACCAACGGGCAUAAUCUGGUGAAGAUCAAGGAGGAGCCCACGACACCAAAAAAGCAAAAGAAGCGUACAUCAAAUGGGGAAAUCCUUGUAAAUGGGACGUCUAACCUUCAGGACUCUUUCAUUGUGAUUAAAGACGAGCCCGAGGAGCCCAAGUCGCAAUCCGAGAAGCGAAAAAAGAAGAAGGCCAAACGAGGGGAGAGCGUGGUCAUUGACGAUGAUGUGGUGGUGAAGCAGGAAGAUGACGAUUCUGUAGCGGAACCCGCGACACCAAAAAAGCAAAGGAAGCCUACAUCAAAUGAGGAAAUCCUUGUAAAUGGGACGUCUAACCUUCAAGACUCUUUUGUUGCCAUUAAAGACGAGCCCGAGGAGCCCAAGUCGCAACCCGAGAAGCGGAAAAAGAAGAAGGCCAAACGCGGGGAGGAGAGCGUGAUCAUAGACGAUGAUGUGGUGGUGAAGCAGGAAGAUGAGGAUUCUGUUGCGGAAGCCACGCCACGAAAGCGCAAGAAGCUGAAGGAAUAGAAUAUACUAAACUAUGUAUAUCACCUCAAGUAGUUUUAAAUUAGGUUAGCAACAUUAACUGGGCGAAUAAAGAAGGGCAAAAACCCUGUUUGCCUGUUAA